UUUCUCCUUAUUGCAAAUGAUCAGUCGGCAAUACAACAGACAUGAACGAAGUUUUCUUGUCCAAAUGACGCAUUAAAUAUUUAUGUUUUCUUUCAUUGCAAAGUCCUCAAAACAGAAAACAAAGACGUGUGUAUAUAUGCGACUAAAAUGCAGUCACUGAGUAUACGGGCCUAUACGAAUAAUAUUAUUCAGACGGUCAUGGCUUCGGUGACUUAUCGCGCAUCAAAGUUGAUUGUUUUGUUUCUUGUUGUAUAUUUUCGUUCAGUGAAAUGUACAUUGGUGCACGAUACAGCGACUGACAAUGUUGAUGAAAUUUUUGAGAAUAUUUCAGAGGAGUUAACUGAAACUCGUCUCAGGUUAGUGUAGCAUUUAAAUAAAUGUAUCUAAUACCGUGGUCAAACUAAAGCUUCGGUCAAACGAGGAUGAGAGUUGAUCGGAGUUUGCAACUGUCGCUCACGUUUGACCGACAACUCUCAUCGACUUUGAAAUGGUUCAAAUUUUGAUGAGACUGUUGAUAAGCCGAGUUUUCGCAACGCGCGCGGUAAUAUCCAGUCCAGGGCGCUUAUAUAUAUUUUAAAGCGCCCUGAUCCAGUCAAUUCUCAGUCAACUCUCCGUUCUCGUUUAAUUAACCGGGGCUUAGGGUUAAUAGUUGAUGCGAGCUGACAAGCACGAAAUUGCAUGAGAGCCGUUUUUUAAACUCUCAUAUCCCAAUACCGCAGUCACUGAUGAAGCGCAAAAACAAAAGUUGCAAGAAAGUAUGAGAGCUGGAGAUCAGCGCGGGUUAGUUAUAAACUAUAUGGACAUUGGGGCCAAAUUGGGCAUCUAAGCUUGAUGCAUGUAUAGAUCUCUACUCUCUAUAUUAUUAAUCUAAUUAUAUGAUAUAAGUUACAUGUAAAACCAAAAUAUUUUAUACAGGCAGAAGUAAUUUGUUGUCUUUGUCCGUCUCGUCUUCACCUGAUUCAUUGUUUAUAUAAACACACAUAAAUACGCGGCAAUAUAAUUAACAUAGAAAUUAAAUAUUUCUUGAAGACACCUGCGCAAUGAAGUAAAAUCUUUUGGCGAUUGCAUAUUUGCAUUCGCAGAUGGCAAGCAUAUUUGUUCACGUGGUCGUGGGUACUGAACUGAGAUCCCCCAUUCUCACUAGUUAAAAUUUCUCAUAUAACCACAAAUAAUGAUAUAAUAAUAAUUAUUAAAAUUCAUAUUAUUUUAAUAGCACAAAUUAACAUAUGUAUAUGCUCAAAUUAUUAUACUAUGGAUCAGCAAGGUCAUACGGAUUUCACUCGUGUUCAUAUAUGAUACAUAUCUAUACAUAGACUCUUUUUGUGCCUACGUAACGAAUGUUAUUAGAGGUGACUGCGUGCCACUAAACGCAUUGCGUAAUGGAGUCUUAAGAUUAACAUUAACAUUAAGGUUUCUUUCCAAGACCAAUAUAUACGUUACUGGUAUCAUGGAUAAUAAAAUACAUGGAUAGGAAACUAGCUGACAUGACCUAAUGUUUUCAAUGGGAUGAUGGCGUUGAAACCUAGUUGCAAACCAAAUUCUCAAAAACGGCAUGUUUAGCGAUAAUACAGCCAAACAUUUUAGUCAAAGAGCAAAUAAAUAUAACUAAGCCAUUCUACGAUGAAAUCUCUAAGUAUUCCCGGUCAAUUUUAGCAAAUAUUUCAAGCACUAAACAGUGAAAAAUGCAUCGCGAAUUUCGUUAAAAUUGGCGACGCCAAUUUCGUAGCUACAAAUGUAAAAAAAAUACAAAACAAAGACAAAAAACAUUUACCUUGAAUACUUUGUUGUGGCUUAGGCAUAUUUUUAAAACAAUUGGACCAGUUUAUGCUUCAAUAUUACUCUUUUAAACCGGAAAAUAUAAGGAAACAACAAAAAUGCCGAGACGAACUUUGGCAAUGCACUUGACGUCACAGAUUGUAACUAGGUUUAGACUGUGACGUCAGGAAGUUUCCUAUCCAGUUAUUUUACAAUCCAUGCUGGUAUACAUCAAUUCAUGUUGUGAUAUAGUCAAGUGUUCAUUCCAACGCGAACAGAGAGAUGGGUAUACUUAGCAAAUAGCAAGAAUAUACAUUUUAGCUGACUAUAGGUACACAAGCGAAAACCUCACAUCUUGUAACAAGUUUGUCAACAAGUUGUCUUCGCACUGCUUGUCACAAGUUGUCAACAAGUUUGGAACAAGCUAUUAACAACUUGUAACAAUCUUGUUGAUAUUAUGAAACUUGUUAUACAAGGUUGUUCCAACAAGUCCGAUACAGUCAUGAUAUAACAAUAUUGUUACAACCUUGUGUCAUCAACCUUGUAACAGUCUUGUUGUAUCAUGACUGUAUCAGACUUGUUAGAACAACCUUGUAACAGUCUGAUAAUGCCAUCAAGCUUGUUACAAGUUGUUAACAGCUUCUUCCAAACUUGUUACAACAACUGGGACCAAGCAGUGCGAACACAACUUGUCGACAGCUUGUGAACAGAUUUGUAACAACUUGUUUGCAGACCUGUAACAACUUGUGCGUUUUUACGCAUGGCGCUUAUGACCAUAGCUCAUUUUUGUUUUGGAAAUUCUCGACGGUAUACAUGAUUUAUAAUACAUUUCACCCCAUAAAAUAUCUUAUUCCCAUUAUACGUUUGGCGCUUGGAUCGGGGGCUCGAAAUUGCAUAUUAAGAAUCAAGAAUCGUUAAAGUGCCUAUGACACGAAAUUUCACCCCAAAUGUUUAUGGUUGCAUUGUAAAGAUCACUUAAAAUGACUUAAUAAUUUAUUUUAUAGAAUUUUGGUAACUUACUCCCUUGUCAAGAUAUUCAACUUUGUUUCAUAUGCAAAUAUCACCGGUGUGACAUCACAUCACAUAAUGAGUUUGCAGAAAAGUAUACUUUCUUGACGAAUACGUUAUACGUCUCUAAAAGACUUAAAAAUUGCCCUUGUAUAUGUAUUAAUUUCAUAACUAGUAAUUAACCCUCUGUAUUUGCUUGUAAAAAUAAUUUAUCAAGGUAAAAUAUUGCGUUUUCAAAAUGUCAUUAUGCGAUGUGAUGUCACACCGGUGAUAUUUGCAUAUGAAACAAAGAGUUGAAUAUCUUGCAAAGGAAGCAAGUUACCAAAAUUCUUUAAAAGAAAUUGUUAAGUAAUUUUAAGUGAUUUUUACAAUGCAGUCAUAAACAUUUGGGGCGAAAUUUCGUGUCAUAGGCACUUUAAGUUGCUCAUAUAGAGCCUUCGAAAUGUUUUAUUGUGAAGAAACAAACUAUCCUCUAGUUUUUCAUAUGUCCACAUAUGGUCCUACUUUUCUUCUUAAUAUGAAUUUAAUUGCUUUAAGUAUCUUCCUACAACACCGUCCAGAAGCAAUAUUUAGCCACGUGGGUACUUUACUGAGUUCCCCUCUCAUAUAAACACAAAAUAAGUUUUUUAUAGAUCAGCAAGGUCAUGCAUGGGGAUUUCACUCGAGUGAUUAAGUUCAUGACGCUCUUUAUAUGCAUGCAUAUGAAUGUCAUUGAAGGUGACUGGACUCUACCCCUGGCAUAAUGGACCAUUAUGAUUAACAUCAAGCUUCACUCCCAAGAUCAAUAUAUACAUUACUGGUAUAUACUCGACUUUCUGAAUUUAUCUGCGUAGGAUAAAAUAUCACAUCGGGGGCACGAGUUACAUAAGAAGUACUGAAGGAACAAAAUAUCCCCUACUUUUGCAUAUGUCUAUUUUGUCCUACUUUUCUUCUUUAUAUGAAUUUUAUUGCUUUAAAUAUCUUCCAAUAUUUCAAAGUGGUCACAUGGGUACUUUAUUGCGAUUACGCAUUCUCACCACGGUUAUAGUGCAGGUAAAAUCUUAUCCAUCCUCGCUGACAUAUAUCUCUCAUAUGAACACAAAACAAUUUUUCCAUGGAUUAGCAAUGUCUGCAUAUGCAUAUAAUUAUAGUGGCUCUUUAUGUAAUUUCGUACGUAGAUUUAAAAUAGUAUAACGAAUGUUAUUCGAGGUGACUGCAGACAAACAGGGCUUUUACGUAAUGAUUAAUGGAUAUUAAUUAACUUCACAUAUUUAGCAGAUAAAGCAAAACAUGUGAAUUGAGGUGAAUGACAGGACUUACACAAGGUUCAAUUUGGCCACAGUUCAACUGUUCAAGAGUUCAUUGAAGACAGUAUCAUACAAGUCCGCGACACAACAAGUUGAAAGUUUUGAGCAUUAUAUAUAAAAGACAAUGCUGAACGUAUACCUAAUAAAACACACUAAAAGAUAGGUUGAAUCUAGUUUAGUAACUGAAAUACGCACUGUUCGAAUUCUGAAAAAUUUAGGAUCAUUAUUAAAAAUUAGCGUUUUCAGUUACGAACGCCAAACGACAACGUCCCGCUGCUUGUUUCAAUAUUUUUUACCGAUUCCACGUACUGUACUAACUGUAGAAACUGUACUAACUGUAGAAAACUGUACUAACUGUAAAAAACUAUCUCAGUUAACUUCACUGGUCUUGAUUACUUUCAAAAGCCGGUAUUUGGUUCUGUGCAGAAGACAGACCCUGCCAGGCACGCGUUGAGGUCUAGUUCUGAUCUAACUUGCAUGGCUUGCGCCGAUUGGCUUUGCUACUCUCUCCUCCACUGACGCUCUUAAAGGUGCGCAAAUGAAGUUAGGGACGUUUAAUUUCAUAUAUAGUGCAUACCUUCUAGUCCAAUGGAGUAUUAUAAAUUAAACACCAAGCUUUGAUUCGCAGACCUGCUUACACCGUAACCGCGCAGAUAAAUUUUGAUCAACAGUCAUGCAGUAGUUGUCAUUCUAGAAUGUCAUAUUUCAUGAAUACAACAUGAGCCCUAUACCUUUGAAUUUACUAUACACUGUAUGAGAAAAUUGUUAAACACGCGUCCAAAGUUAUCAUUACGCAGCCUAGUCCCAGGCUCUCUCUCUAUUCGCUUCUUUGAUAUCUUUAAAUAAGUCUUAAAAGUUUUAUGCCUGGGUGUGCUGCGCGGAACGCUUCAGCGAGAGAGCCUAGCAGAUUUCGGUAAAAUGGUCCCUGAUUUCAAAAAAGUGGUCCCUGGCCUGGUUACCAAGCAUACCGCAUUUGUAAAUAGAAAAUUUAUGGAAAUUUCCUUUGUGUUUAUAAUUAAGUCAUUAGUUUUGCUCUAAUGCUGUCGGAACAAUGAAAUAGGCUACGUUUCUAAGGCUACUAAAUCUGACUCAUGUUUACUAAAAUAUAAAGCCAUAGUAAAUGCUAUCUAGAAGCUUGAAAAUUAUGCCGAGUCUCCGACUAAAAAUGUUUUGAAUUCCUAUCUCCUCAGCUACUUAAACCUGUCAAGUAGAAAGCGUAGUUGUGUAUACCAGUAUGAUCUAGUGUUGAUCACAACUUGCGAGUAUAUAUAUAAAUAACAUCAACGAUUAUACGACCAUUGCUCAGACUCAGUAUCGCAAAUUUGUAUAUAAUUUUUUUUGACUGAGCACAUUUUUAAUACAUGUAUAGCUUGAAUUUGGUUAUGUAGACACCGAACAUGAUCAACGAACAUUGUCGUAUGUACAAGCUUAUUUGUAUACAUAAAUUUUCCGUCAUAUUAUAAAAAUACUGAAAUCUGCUAGGCGUUCUGAAGCACCUUUAGCGGUGACGUCACACCUAGGUCCCAGUCUCGUACUACAUCCACGUUUUUUCUCGCGCUUGCUUCAUAACGACUGGGACUAGGCUGACAACUUGCAAUAAAUGGCUUCCCAAUUGUGUGUUGACUGUUGAAUAAUUAAAUUCAAACAAUGUUGUCAUGUGAUUAUACCGGAAAUAACACCCGGAAGUUAAUAAUUUGUUAAUUUGAUUAUGCCAUACAUUUAAUUCAAAAUUGUACUAUUUCACUAAGAAUUGUCGUGACAAAAAAUGUAAUAAUUAUAUUGAAUUUCAACAAAUUGUAUAUGUUUGUGCUUUUUCCCCUUAAACAGUUUGAUUGCAGAAGAUAAAUAAUUAAUAAGUAAUAGAACGAAUUAAGUCGUGCUAUUAAUUAAAUAAUAGACCAUUUCAGAAUUACGCUCUAACUGAUAACACCAAGUCGAGGCUCAGUUGACUCAAUACCAGUUAACAAAUAAGAUACACAGUGUGACUUCAUAAUGUGGAAAGAGCAAAAAGUGGCUCAUGAGCUGCCGCGGUGAAUGGGUCACUUUUUGGUUAUUCCCACAUUAUGACGUUAUACUCUAUAACUCUAUAGAGUCUAUAACUCAACAGACAAUGGCAAAAUCUUAUCGAUAUGUUUUACAUAAUAAAAGAAAAAUCCCGAAUUAAACAGGUAAAUAGCUUACGUUUUAUCCACCCAAACAUUUGAAAUUUGAAAACGUCGAAAUUUUACAAAUAUCACGCGUACAUGUCUAUACAAAUAAGGGAAUGCUAUUGGCUACCUUGAUUGUGACGUAAUUCUGUGCGUCUGUCCUCUAAUAGAUCACGGUUCUCAAAAAAUGAAAGCGUUUGAAUUCUUAACGUUAUUAUAUAAUUUUCUAUAGAAACAUUCCCAAUUUAGCACGAAGCCUCGUUCUCGCGCUGUUGUUAGCGGGUAUUCGACCGUAAUUCUGAAAUGGCCUAUUGCCGUUACUAAAUAAUUACCCAGUCAUCAAACGGUAGUUCAUUGGUACUGUACAAUGUAUAUUUGUUAAAAUACAGAUCGUUUCUUUAUUACAUAGUGUAGUUCUUUCGCUCACUCUACACUUGCGUUCAAUUCCUUUGUUUCUCCGCCAAACAUUGGUUUAGCAUAGAAUUUGUCUUUCAGGCCAAAAAAUAUGGUUGCAGCGUCGUAAUUAUAAAGGUAUAUCUUCUUACGACCCAUUGAUGGGUACGCAUUAUGAUAUUUCUCAUAUUGUUGCAUAUAGCGGAGCGCUUUAGGAUGAGUUGGUUUGGUGUACAGACGCAUUACUAUAUGAUAACCUGGAAAAGCACCAACGAUCUUCUUCGCUGCUGCACCUUUUAGUCUUAGGUUUGUUUCUUGUUCCACUUCCGAUUUGUAUUUAUUCAAAUUGCUGUGUAUAAUCAAUGCUUUUUUGGUUUGAUCAACUUCACUUUUGGCUACAAACAUAUCACAUCCACCAAGAUUAUCUGUAAAGAACCAGUCUACCUUUCCCCAUUCCCAAAACAUAAAAGUAUGAAGAUUCUCUUGGAACGGUAGGAAAUAGGCUAGCUGAUUACCACAAGGCGAGAAAUUAUAGAGAUCCUUCAUGUAGUUGUCAUCAGUUUUGGUCAGAAUAUUAAUUUGUGUCUUUUCUGCUUUGUCUACUCCAACUCGAAAUGGGAUUUUCUGGUUAACCUGAAUGACGAUUUCUUGGCUGGCCACCUUGAAUUGUCCCUGUUCUGAUGAGUCCAUUCUGUUUGGCGAACGGAACAAAUAUGUUCUUUCAUUCCCUGCCAUUAAAUUUUCUAAAGCGUUUGGUUCGGACGGUCUUCGAUUACAACAAAACACACCAAAACAACUCGACGGCAUCCUUUUGUUCCAUGUAUUUUCUGCAGUUUCGUAGGCUGGUAUGAACCCCAAUGCCAACCAAAAGAUGAAAAUACCCAGCACAAAACUCCUCAUGUUGACAGGAAAUCAGAUGUAAAAUUCUAAAAAAUACAAGGAAGAAGGUCAUAACAAGGCUCUGUGUGAAUGAAUUUCAGAUACACUAGAAAUACAUGCAUACACUAAGCACCCCUUACAAGUUUCAGGCACUUAUUGACCCUGGUGAAUUUAGCAAAAAUUGAUCUUGGUAUCCUUGCUCGUUUUUUUCGUUUCCAGCCUGUAGGAUCGUUCAAUUUCACAUUCUUUCAUUUACAGUAUUUUAUUACAGAUGAAUUUGUGAAUAAUGUUAAGUAUACUUGUAUUUUCUCCUUGUCACGUAUUCGCCUUGCUUUCAGGUGAAUAUAGUCCGUUCAAUAAUACUUUAUAUUUUUUUUAAUAACCAGCCUUUAUUCCACAAACUUAUACGGGCUUCCUUGCAUUCAGAAAGAGGAGGAAAUUUGAAGGUUAAAACUUCCACCUACCCAGGGGCAAAUAAAAAAUAUCCGCGCUUAUAAUCAUUCAUGUCAUUGAAAUUUCGCAUUAAUUAACGUAUUAAAACUCGGCAUUCGCAUUCCACAUCACGUUUUGAAAAACUCCACAUUCUUCCGAUAAGCAAUAAACAGAAAAGCGAAAACUAGCUCUCGGGGAAUAGUGGUUCGUAUAACUGCUUAUCUAAAGUACUGCUAGAGUUCUGAUAUCGAUUAGAAAAAAGCUAAGGAAGUUAAUUUAUUGCCUUCCGAUAAGGCGAUAAUUUACAGCUAUACAAUGAUCAACACACCGCCCGUAUUGUGUUUUUUGAACGUGUAAUAGGUCUGUUUUAUAAUAUAACCUAUAUUGAACUUACGUACCACAAAACAGCAGUAAUGUCAGAUGAAAUAGAGUCACACACCGCGGUUCAAAAAGCAAUAAUGAAACAAUGAACAGUUCAAAUAAAUAAUCAAUUGUGUACACUUCUCCGUUUAACUGGUACAAGUUCCAACAGAAAUAAUACACAACCACACCAGGCAAUGGGUCAAUAGUCACCUGCAGUCAGGCUUCAAGGCCAAAUGAUCACAGUACACUCAUAAAAUUUAUAAAUUCCUUGCCCUGGUGAAUUUAGCAAAAAUUGAUCUUGGUUUCCGUGCUUGUUCUUGUCGUUUCCAGCCUGCAGGAUCGUUCAAUUUCACAUUCUUUCAUUUCUUUUGACAUUCCUUUCAUUUUAUCCGAGAGUAAUUUGUGUCUGAAUAGCAUUACCUUGCUUUCAGGUGAAUGGUCCAUUGAACAGUACUUUAUUUUCUCUCUCUAUACAGUGUUUCUCGAUGUUGUUUUAUUUCUUCUGUCACCUUCCUGUGUAUCUCUGUUCCAUGGAGUGGCGUAAUUCAUUUGGACUGGCUCAGGCCAGGACCCAGUUGUUCAAAUUUAACCUGUUGUUUUAGUUUGGAUACAUCUGUUUAUUUCAAACAUUUAGAAAAUAAUGCUUCUACUGAUCCAAACAAUAUUUCUAGGGAAAUACCUCCAUGCUUAUAAACAAUCUGCUGGGAAGAUUGUUAACCUAGACUUAAGCUAACCAAAUUUUGGACAGGAGGCCCCAGGUGGCCAAUUAAUCAAUCAGGCCCCUGAGCACGGAUAACAAAGUGGCAAAGUUGAAGUAUUGCAUUUUCUUGACGUAGCCUCCUCCUUCGUCACUUUCGAUUUGGAGGUCUAGAGGACCUGUUCCAUUUUAAGCGGGAAGGAGGGGGGGGGGGGCGCUUUUGCACGUUACACUGUUCCAAAUACAUAUAUGUAGUAAAUAUAAGUAGAGUUUCCUAGCAAUGUAAGAAUAUGAAAUACUUCUUAUUGCCAAACCAUUGACAAACCAUUUCUUUUGGGGUUCACUUUUGAGCUGGGGCUUGGGGCAAAGUGCCCUAGCUGUUCGGCUGGCUUUCCGUUUCCUCUCACAGCGGCCUUGCUCGGACCCCAACACAAUAAUUUGCUCCGGAACCUCACGUCUUUCAUUUUUGAAGCAGCAUGACAGAAACGUUUUAAAGUUCCUUGAUUUGGAUCGAAAGAUCUUGAAUAUUUUAAUUUGUAGAAAUUUGCUUCAUAAGACAGAUAUUAACAAGGACGGAAAUAUAUCUUCUGACGAACUAAAGACUUGGGUUGCAAGUAUAAGACAAAGUCACGCAGUUAAACUAACGAGGGAAAGAGUGGUUGAAUAUGACAGCAAUAAUGAUGGACUAGUAUCCAUGAAGGAAUACUUUGACGCUAUCUAUGGAACUGAAAACCAAGGUAUAUUUGCAAUCUACAUUCACUCUAAAACACCCUGGUUAAAAAUAUCCUGCAUGUUUAUUUAAAAAAAAAGCAGUGUUUGGGAUAACUUAAUGUUCCUGGUUAAAUUCCCUGGUUAAUAUUCCUGGUUAAAUUCCCUGGUUAAUUUAGUUUGAUCAGUCAUCACUUUCGAGUAAUUUAACCUGGAUUUCUGGUUAAUUUAGUCAGGGUGUAUAUAAUUUAAUUAACCAAAUUAUUAAUUGUUAGGUAAAUCAUUAACUAUGAAAUCUUUGUUCAACCGUCUGGUCAAAUUAGCGAGGAUUAUUUUUAGCUACCGGUGUUCUUGGGGUGUAG